AUGGAACACACCGGCAAAUAUUCGAUCUCCACCGACCGCAAGACCAGCGAGAAGACCGUCGACUCCUCCGCGUCUGUGAAACCAAACGGGAAGUCCAUUGAUGCCUCUGUGACUGUGAUGAAACCUAACGAGAAGGCUGCUGUUUCAUCUGCCAAUCCGAUGAACCCAGACGCUGCUACCGCUCUCUCCUCCGCGCGUGUCGACCAAGUGAUGUUGUUCAGAGAUGUUUCCCACUGCCCACGCGAAGCUGACUUGAGGUUUCGUUUGAUUCACUUCUGGGAGGCUCGCAAUCCAAACACGAAAACCCUGAUUGGACAAGAGAUGCUCCUUAUCGACGAAGAGGGUACCGUUAUUCAGGGUUUUGUCCCAGCCGGACGUGUUGGGACAUUUGAUCUGGUAGCUGGUUCUGUGUAUAACCUGAGCAACUUUUUUGGAUCCAGAAGCAAAAAUCAGUAUCGGGUUGCUGAUCAUGUCGCCACCGUAUCAUUUUCUUGGAAUACUUCUUUGGCUGUGGUUGAGAACCCUCCGGUUUUGAUUCCCGACGAUAGGUUCAGGUUCCACAACUAUGAGGAGUUUAAGGCCAAUUGCAACUCGAGGGGUGAUCUUUAUGAUUACGUUGACCACAUGAAGCUGGUGAAUGGGCAGAGAAUCACAGACCAUAUGAUUCUUGACGAAGUUGACAUAGCAGAGAAGCGGCAUUUAUGUGUUCAUGUUCAGACACAUGACGGACCGGUGAUGAAGCUUUAUCUGUGGGACAAGGCUGCAGCCGAUUUAUGCCAGAAAUUCAAGUCGUAUGGAAGCACUCCAAGCGUUCUUUUGGUCACCACUGUGAACCCAAAACAUCUUGGAGUAACCCUUGCUCUCACUUCUAUGUCAUCGUCUCGGGUGUUUAUGGAUGUCGAUGUUCAGCCUACUAAAGAUUAUCUUGAAUGGUUGAAUUCAAACUCUGAUAUUGCUAAUAGGGUUGCUGCUGAGGUUGUCACUAAGCCUGAGACAAUGACUCUUGAAGAGCUAUUCUCUUACAUCAAGCAAGACUCUUCUAAGGUUGCUUGGUUUGAGUGCAUGGCGACUAUGUAUGAUGUUGUCCAGGGUUCUGCAUGGUAUUACAUCUCCUGCGGUGGGUGUAAUAGCAAGGCGGUCAACGUGCCUACUUCUCUGAUUUGCAACAAUAAGAAGUGUGUGAAGACUGAAGUCACAUGCGAGCUGACUGGUAAACAUGCAGCAGAGUUAGUUGCUAAUUACUUUGAGGCUAAUGGUGGAGUAGGAGCUGAUCACUGCGUGCCUGUUCCGCAAGCUUUGCUUGAUACAAUAGGGCAAUCACGCAAGUUCAUUAUGAAGGUCUCGGAUCAUAAUCUGAUAGGCAAGACUCAGACUAUAACUGUCACCAAGAUACUCCCACCAGAAGCCUCGCUGCCGUCGACCGUAGGUGUCGAGUCUGGUUCUUCAGGAAGCUCUGGAGAUACUGCAGGUGAUAGGGCUAGAAAAGCCGAUGAGAUCCUUGAGGCAGAUGAAGCAAAGCGUCCCAAGAGUAACUAA